AGAAGAAAGAAAACCCAACUCCAAGGAAAGAUCACCGCUCCAAGGAAAGAUCACCGCUUCUUUUUCUUUUUGCCUCCAGGAAAAAAAAGAAAACCCACUGCCCUGUGCCCUAAUAUUCCCCGCUCCAAGGAAAGAUCACCGCUUCUUAAUAUUUUCCGAUCCAAGGAAAGAAAGAUCACCGCUUCCUGAUAUUCCCCGCUCUUCCUCCCCGCUGCCGUCCGAAGCCAAGAUCGCCUCUUCUCGUCUUCCAAUCUCUGUUGAAGAAUAAGCUUCUACCAUGCUUUUUAUUGACAAAAAUUCGAUCCAAAGGACACACUAUGAUGUUUUGUCAGUGAGGGAGGAUGCGAGCUAUGAUGAAAUCCGAGUGGGUUACAGGGCUGCUGUCCUUAGUUCUCAUCCUGAUAAAUUGCAUGGGACACUAGAUGAAUCGGAUCUUCGACCCAAACAAGAAGAAAAUUUCCUCGAUGUGCAGAAGGCAUGGGAAGUUCUUUCUGAUUCCAAGUCCAGAGCAAACUAUGAUAGGGAGCUGCAAGCUUCCAGGCAGGUUGUGGAGGUUGUGGAUGAUGAAGUCAAAUUGGGGGACAUGGCAAUGGAGACUCUAGGUGAUGUUCAAGAGUUCUUCCAUCAGUGCAGGUGUGGUGAUUAUUUCUUGAUCACGUCAUUGGAGCUUGGGGAGAUGGGCAUCUCAUUGCAUGAAAAUGGAGUAGAAAUACAGACAUCUGCUGAACUGUCACCAUCCUCAGUACUUCUACCCUGUGGUUCUUGUUCGCUUAAAAUCCGUCUUCUUAUAGAUGCGAGCCGUUGAGUUUUUUGUGUGCUGCCUUCAGUUGUUUGUGGUGUCCGCAAAUGGGAUCUCAAAGUUUUGACUAGGAACGGUUCCUACUCAAAUUUGACAGUUGAUGUACUUAUACUUGCUGCUAAAAGUUCUUGUUGUAUUUUUGAGUACCGUGGAUUCAAGCUUCAAGAUCCGGACCGAUUCAUUUGGGGAGUGGGACAGUAGUUUUGUGCGACGGCCAACUUGCGACAAAGUCUAGCACUGUCAGUUCCUAAGAUGUUUCUGAGCUGGCUUUUGUUAAGGCCUGUAUUUAUCCACCUUCUCUUCUGUUGCUUCUUGUAUCCUCUUUAGGGUUUCCUCAAGAACAUUAAUUAAAAAUCGGUAAAUGAUAGAGUAACAGAUAUAAUUUUAUUUGGGUACUCUGCAAGCCUUCUAAAGAAAGGUGUCGUAAUCUCUAUUUUCCCUCUUA